CCGUCGAACCCAUGUGCCCCCGGUCUGCAAGAUGUGGUGGUCUCUUGUCUCUGCGUCUGUGUGUGUGUCUCUCUCUCUCUCUUGACAAGAGCGUAGCUCGCAGCCGGUCUAUAUCAGUCGUGAAGCCCCCAAGGCUCUUGGUGAUUUGUUUCUCGCCCCCAUCAGUCUCUACAUCUAUCUAUCAGACCCAGAUCUCUGGAUACCUACGACACCAAGACGACGGUCCAUCACCUAGUAGUCUGUCUCACGUUUCGAGAAAGACAUCUUCCACCCAAACUGUCUCUUACUUCACUCUCGUCAGCAACAACUCUCUUGAUACUACACUUUGUUACUUGACGUGGCAAAUACUCAGGAACCACAUCCUCGGAGGCAUACUACCACCCGCAAAGUAAAGCUCUGCGAAAGAGAGAGAGAGAGAGAGAGAGA